GAAAAUGACAAACCAUUAAACCUAAACUUGAAAAUCAACAAUGUUAUACAACAAGUUGUGUUUGAUUUUAUAUCCAUAUUUCUCUGCCUUUUAAAGAGGCUGUAGUGCAGUCUAGUGAUGAGAAAGGUAAAUGGGGUAUCAUCUAUUAACUUAUCCAUUGUCUUUGUUGCUAUUAUAGAGUCAUGUUGUUUAAUUGAAGAUUCUGUCCAUACUGGGGAGUCUACACAACUUCCAAUAUAUUUGAACAAAGUUAUCCCAUAUUGGGACAAGCAAGUGGAAAAACUCAAUAAUAAGAAGGUCAAUGGAAGUCCUUUGCUACUGAUCAUAUCGUCUGCAGCAACAAGAGCAGUUGAAUUAAACAAAUCAAUAGACAAAUUCAAAGCAGAUGGAAAAGUUGUAAAAUUAUUCGCAAAGCAUUUCAAGGUGGAAGACCAAACAAAGUUUCUUGCUUCMCAUUUAGUUCAUAUUGGCAUUGGAACGCCAAAUCGUGUYCUAAAACUUCUACAAAAUGAAUCACUUGAAACUAGCAAACUAAAGUAUGUUGUGGUGGACUGGACGUGGAGAGAUCAAAAGCUUAGAAGCAUUGCAGAUAUGCCAGAGGUAAAAGAUGACUUCUACCAUCUACUGCAAAAUUAUAUAUUUCCUUUGGCGAAGUGUGAGAAAAUAAAAAUAGGACUGUUUUAGCGUAUCUAGUGUUAUUAUGAUUAAUAACUGUUGAAGAGCAGAAAAAAAUGUACAAUUUUUUAAUUUAUUACAAAAUUUGUACUGUUUACCAGUAUUUAUCUCCCGUUAUGAACUGAAAAAAAUAUAAAUACGUGGAUUAACGUAGUACUACGUACGGAAUCUAAAAGAAGAAGAGAGAGACUCUACAAAAACGCAUCAGUGUGUACAAAACCUAACGUAUUAGUUUAUCAUGCAUACGAAAACGUAUUAACGCAAGCUAAGGGACAAAAGAAGUACAGUACCUUACGUAAACGAAUAGGCAUGAGUGCAUGGGACCCCACAAAGCAAUGAUCUAAAAGCGCUAUGAAAACGCAUUAGUUUACGGUAGUAAAAUGAAUCAGUUACGGAAACGCAUGUUCACUUUAACGUUUAUGCCUACUGAAAACUGGUAUAAUAUGGGCCCUUCGACCUCAAAUAAAGAUUUAGAAGUGAACACGUAAGCACUUGAGAAUAAAUACGUGAUGAUAUGUUAUAAUACCAAAAGAAAUCCUUCUUACGGCAGCUUUUGAGCUCUAGUUGACCUUGCACUCGGAGCUUCAUUUUUCCAAUGGAAGACGACGCG